AUGCUGACCUCUCUGGCGAGGUCUUCUUCCCGUCGCAUUUCCACAGGGAAUCAUCUUUUGCCCCAAGGCGCCUUGGCUUACAUUGGAGGUAUCUGAACAUUUCUCGAGAAGAGAACAAAAUGUCUCAGGCCGUUGGGUGGACGCAGAGUCUCGAGAAUAUUUUGAAGUCAAAAAUCCGUUUGAUGGCGAAGUUCUUUACAAGACGGCCAAUUGCGGGGUCGCUGAUGCCGAGAAGGUUUUUAAUAAGUUUUUUUGUCUUUUUUAAGUGUUUUUUGAAAUGCAACUAUUGGUUAGUCGGAAGAGUAGAUAAUGGCCGCUAAAAGGGAGAGGCUCAAAAAAGGCAGCAAAAAGAGUCCCUUUGUCGAGCCUUUCAUUUUUCAGGGUUUUUAAAGGCUCAAGAAAUGGUGGAAAAAAGAAGAGGCAGCCAAAAUGUUGCAUAAGAGCUGAUGAAAUGGCGCAAAAAGGCAGUAAAGAAGGAACCUUUGUCACCUUAAAAGGAACUUUUCUUAAGAACCUUUUCCCACCCUUUCCGACUUAGCUUAUGUGAUAAGUUUAAGAUUUUUGGUAUUUUCAAUUUUUUUUUGAUUCAUAGUUUUCAAAGAAGAAAUGAAAAGUUUCAAAUGGUAAUUAGUGAAUUCAAAUGAGACAUCUGCGCCUUUAAAUAAUAUUAUCAAGGCCGUGAAAGCCUCGGUAGACAGUCUGGACAAAUGGGCCAACGGAACGACGGCCAAACAACGCGGAGCGAUUCUCCGCAAAUGGUUCGACAUCCUCGGCGCGAGGGAGACCGAACUCGCGACCCUUUUGACCAAAGAACAGGUGGGAAGGCGGCUGGGAACAGGUGAAAUUGAAGUGUUUCAAGGGGAAGCCGUUGGCCGAGGCCCGCGGCGAGAUACAGUACUCGGCCGCCUACCUCGACUGGUACGCCGGAGAGGCUCGUCGUGUUUAUGGACAGGUGAUGUAUUGAUUGGAUUUCAGGUAGAAGAAACGGAGAUAAACUUUUUUUAUUGAUUUCCUGAAAACAGGAACUUUUUUGGUCGGUCUUCCAUCUUAUAUCAUACUGCUCAUACACCUCAACUAUAAAAAUAAUUCAAAGUCCUCCAAUUUCAAAUCGAAGAAUGGUGUUAACGGAUCCUUAAUAACGUCCUCGUUUGUCAUAUCCUCAGUUUCUGUUUCGUUGUUUUCUGAGGCUCUCUCCAGGCUCUUCAAUUUUUCUUUCCAAAUAAGAUGCAUCCUCAGUAAGGCUAUGAAAAUAAACAUCGCAUAAGGACAGUUAUCGCCUUUUUUUUUAAAAAUAAUCUUCAACUUUGAUUUUUUUAGGUCGUUCCAGCUCCUGUGCUAAAUCGUCUUCACUUGCACGUCCGUGAACCCAUCGGCGUUGUCGCGAUUAUUUCCCCGGUUGGUGCCUCGGAAAACGUAGAAACAUAUCGAAACAGUCUUCACAGAAGAUUCUCUUCUGAAUCGUGGAACGUUUAAAGAGUUUUUUUGUCGGCUCAAAAAGUUUUUGUUGAUCAAGAACGGCGCGUAGAUCAGCACGCACCUUUGUGAUAGAAGUAGACGAUUUUCGACGAUCAGCUACUUCUCCAUGUAGGAACAUUAUGACGGCCAGCUUGUCCAGGACUGGCGGGCGAAGUAACGAGAUGAAGUAGAAUAAAAAAUAUUUUUGUACAUUGGUUAUUUUCAAAAUCUUGUGAAAUUAACGUUUUGACGACACUUUACACAAUCAUAACGCAAACCAGGAUUGCCUCGGAAGCCUCAGAACUCUUUAGUGAUCACUUUAGCGUUAGCGCACACAAGUGGCCACUAGGCAUACCUCCCACGCUGGUAACUCAAACCGGAAGUGUCUCGGGAGUUUUUGGAAAACUUUAGUGAUCACUUAAGUGCCCUAAAAUCGCAAAAAAUGGUUUGAUAGGAACGCGUUACUGGGGCUUUUAUCGAUAAAUGUAGAAAGAACUUAUUUAGAAGCUUUUACCCAAGCAUUGAAGAUUCAAUUUCAAGUGGAACUUCCCGACAGCGAUGAUCGCGAGAAAAGCGGCUGCGGCGUUGGCUGUCGGCUGCACUCUCGUCAUCAAGCCGGCCGAAGACACCCCUCUGAGUGCCCUGGCCUUUGCCCAGGCUUAGCUCCCUUGGAAAAUCCCAAAAACGGAAGGGUUUUAGACGGCCGAAGAGGCAGGUAUCCCUGCAGGUGUCAUCAACGUGAUCCCCUCGGAUCGAGAGAAAACCGCAGAAAUCUCCAAAUUCCUCUGCGACACUCACGACGUCUCCGCCGUCAGCUUCACCGGCAGUACUCAAGUUGGAAAGGUUCGUUAAAAAAGGAAAGAAAGUUCGAUUCGGGAUAUCAAUUUCGUUUUGAAAGUUAAAGUUUCACUGAUUUCUAUUGCUCUACAUUAGAAAUAACGAAAUUUCAUUUUCAUUUUUAUUUCUGAGGCAGUAGUUAUCCCGAGUUCUUUUUUUUUGUUAUAAUUUUUGGUAUUUAUCCAAAAUUUGCUGUUUUUUCAUAACUUACGUGAUUAGGAGGAAGUAAUUCGCACUACACUUUUCAAAAAGUGAUAUUUUUUUAGUAUCUAUUGUAUUCGAACUCUUUGUUUGAACCAUAAAGUUUUCCUGGAAAGUUUGAAUUUUGAGCGCCCUUUUUCUACAGGAAGAACAGAGAGCUUUUUGGUUUCAUGUAGAUCGUAUAAUAUAUAAUAAUCUACCAAGAAUGCUAUUCAAUAGUGUAAACUUUUUGGAAAUAAUGUGCAGUACAGAUUCUUCUGUCCCAAUGCGCUCAGACGGUGAAACGAGUGUGCCUCGAGUUGGGCGGAAAUGCGCCUCUCAUCGUUUUCGACGACGCCGACAUUAAUGUAGCCGUCAACGUCAGUUUCUCUUCAAUUAGAAUGCAUAAGUCAUUAUGUUUCCAGGGAACCGUGGCGACGAAAUUCCGCGCAUCAGGACAAACUUGCGUUUCGGCCAACAGAAUCUAUGUGCAUGAGAAGGUUUCCAGGAGUUUCUCAGAGAAUCAAAGGAAUGAAGAGUUCCAGAUCCACGACAAGUACGUCGAGCAACUUUCGAAAGCGAUGAAGGAGAAGUUGGUGAUGGGAAACGGUCUCGACGCCGCCACCACCCAAGGGCCGCUCAUCAAUCAGCGCGCCGUUGAUAAAGUUAUAACAAAGCCGGAACUCGACCGAAAAAAUUAUAAAAAAUGAUUGGAAAUGUACUCGAGACUGUAAGAGCUAGGUGAGAAAAAAAAGCUUUAAAAGUGCUGAAAAGUUUAGUGAACGAAAAAAACUUGAUAAUGAAUUCAAAUAUUCGAGUACUUCAAAAAAGUUAAUUCUUUUAAAAAUUUACGCAUAGGGCUCGAACAGUAGAACUUUUUAAAUUUAUUCAAUAUUUUUUCCCCUUAGUAAUAUAGUUUUGGUUAUGAACGUGUAAUAUUUUGAAAAUCAUAUUCCUGAAACUCCUAGCCUUGCUUCUAUUGUCUGCUGGUUUCGAAGAUAAUCUUCAAAAUCGACACUUCUUAGAAACGUUUUUUGUCCGCCUUGGUAAUCAAAUAUUAUAAUAAUCCAUUUUCUUGAAAUGGCAGAAUGCGACAUUUGCAUUCCAUGUGCGAAGCGGUUGCGAUGCAUUUUGACGCCAAAUCAAAAAUUAUCGCAUAUACAUGGAAAUCCUUUGUGAAAUUAUUCCCAUUGUAAUACAAAGUGCCAAAGCUCCAAAAUGUCUGAAAUUUUGAAAAUACGGAAUGAUUUAAUUGGCUUUACACAAGAAGUUCAAGUACCACAAACAGUAGUUUCGAGUCGAGAGAAACGAAUUAAAUUACAAUAAUCUUUUUAACUUUCCAUUUGAUCUCCAAAAACGCUUUCAAACUUCUAGAUCGACGUUUUGGUCGCAGACGCCAUGGGAAAAGGCGCCGAGAUUGUGGUUGGAGGAGAGCGAGGCGACCGCGGCUGCGGCUUCCAACCGACUCUGCUCACCGGCGUCACCGACCAGAUGAACAUCUCCGGCUGCGAGAUAUUCGGCCCCGUCGCUGCUGUCCGAAAGUUUGUUUCAAGAUGUUUUCGAGGAGAGAAAGUCGUUACUGUUUAUGCUCAAGACCAUUUCCAAUCAUUUUCCACAGAUUCUCCGAUGAAGACGAAGUUCUACGCCACGCUAACUCUGCCCGAUCUGGCCUCGCUGGCUACGUCUUCGGCCGCGACGCGGCACGUCUUCAGCGCGUCUCACGUCUUCUCCAAGUCGGCAUGGUCGGCGUGAACGAAGGUGUGACCCCAGGCCUUUUUCGGCAACGGAAUCCGAGUUGAAGGUCUCAUUUCCUGUGCCGAAGCGGCGUUCGGAGGUGUCAAGGAGAGUGGCUUGGGCCGGGAAGGCGGUCAGCAGGGCAUCGACGAGUUCACCAAUUGGAAGUACAUCUGCACCCAGUACUAG